AUGGAAAGGACAAACUUCAAUCAAAGAAUGCAUCCCCUUAAUAAGUACUUAAACCAUCGGCCUGACUAUUUAGCGCUUUCAAAGAAAUAUCAUUGGUUUGCUAAGCAGUAAUAUAAAGUCAGUGUGAAAGGAAGAGCCCUUGAUUAUUCGUCUGAUGAAGCUUGCAAUGCACUAGUCAAAGUUCUGCUUUUAGAAGAUUUUAAUAUAAAAUAUUGGAAAAUUCCUGAUGGGUAUUUGGUUCCCACAGUUCCACAAAGAUUGAAUUAUUUAUGCUGAAUUAAGGAAAUAUUGCAAAAAAAUGAUCCAGUGAUUUUGGAUAUGUAAAAAUAAUUUAGAGGAACUGGGGCUAGCUUGAUUUAUCCUUUAUUAGGGGUAGCGGAAUUUAAUUGAAAUUUUGUGGCAACUGAUAUUGAUGAGAUUGCCAUACAAAAUGCUAGAAAAAUAAUUGAAAAAAAUGAGCUGGAAGGCAAAAUUAUGCUGAUAAAAGUUGAAAAAACGCAGAUAAUAAGAGAAAUUACACAGAAUUUCGAUGUAUCAAUUUGCAAUCCCCCAUUUUAUAGCUCUGAUUAUAAUGCAGAAAGCUUAAAUGGGUAUGGAGGGAGAUCAAAUGAAAUGAAAACUCCUGGAGGAGAAUGCAAGUUUAUAGGAGAUUAUAUUGAUGAAUCAUGGGGGAAAAGACAAGAAGUAGAAUGGUUUACAACACUUGUUGGAGUCAAAUCCCAUUUGAAAAUAAUGAUGGAUUAUCUAAAUACACAAUUUUCAAAUGUUUUAAUAAAAACGACCACUUUUUACCAAGGAAAAACUCUCAGAUGGGGUUUGGCUUGGAAAUUUAUUGAAAAAACUAUAACUAUAGAAGAAGAUAAUAGCUCUCAAUCUGAUAAUUAA